UACCCUCUCUCUCUCUCUCUCUCUUUGCCUUACAUUAUUGUCAUAUCCACUUGUUGCAAAAUUCCACAAUCACAAAAGAAUCAUUCGAUUCUCUCCUCUGCCAUCUUCAAUUCACCAAAAAAAAACAUGGAAGCUCUAAUUCACCACUUCACUCUCCUCUCCGAUCAAGCCCUUGUCGACAAAACAUUCGACCCUUCAAGAAUCGAAGACCUCAUGCGUCUCUUCGAAGUCGAUUCUUACAAAGCUUGGGCAGCUUUGGAAUCCGAGCAAGAACAAGAACUCCAAGAAGCUGAAGAAUCUUUAUAUGAAGCUGAACUCGAACUCGAUCGGGAUAUGGAGUGGGGAAUGGAGGAGUAUAGGAGAACGUUGGAGGAGAUGGAGAGGAUGGAGGCAGCUGAGCUUAAAGAGCUUGAGGAGAAAGCUGAGACUGCUAGGAGAAGUGGGAAUUUAUUGGAGAAAGCGGCUACUAUAGCGGCCAAACGGCAUAUUGCGGCGGCCAUGGGAUCAGCCGCCGCGUCCAUGAGGUCUGCUUGGAAGACUGCUGCCGGGAAUAAGGUUCAUCCAUCCUAAUGAUGAAUAUGAGAAGAUGACACGACGUCACAUGACGAUGAUAAAAUCAAGAAGGCAUUGGUCCCUAUGUUUAUUAGGAUUUAUUAGGUGGAGAACAUUCUCAUAAAUAAAUUUAUGCUUUGAUAACUCUUAAAUAUAAUAAUUAUGAAUUUUAGAUAGUUUAUGAACUUGUAAUUUGUAAACAAUAUAUAUUUAUUUAGAUCGUUCUAUAUCAUUUUAUA